AUAACCUACAUUUUGUCACGCUCAUAUAUUUAAUGGUCUUUUUUUCAAGGGGUUAGGGAUUUUACGAGACUUCAUUUUCACUUUAGUUUGAUGUUGCCUUCUCGCUUUCGACACUUCUGUUUUUGUCCUUGUUCCCGCCCACAUCCCUGUUGCUUGGUAUCGUAUCUGUAAACAGAAAUGAUGCAAUGCUGUAAGAAUUUGACGCUUACGUCGAGGCCACGCCUCAUUUAUGGGAUUUCUGGAAACGUAGAGAAAGUGUACGUGCUUUCCCGCUCGUAGGUUGGUCUUUGAGGUCAUGGUCCGCCUACAUUAGCUGGUUCCCAAUCGUCUAUUGGUCAGAGUAGAAACAGCCCGCCCCAUUUUCCAGACGUCAGCUGCGUAUGUGUAUAAAAUUGUUUAUGCCGAGGUCGUUAUCACAUUCUUCUUCAUGAGCUACUACAACGAAUAUGUGUCACAUUUUACGAGCCACAUGCAUACCUUUUUGAGUUACCACACAAAUAACAGGAGUUUACUAGAAAUGGAAUAUACCAAGAGGACUACAGACAAGCAGACAAGUAAUAACGUCGAGGGAACAACAGUGAAAACUCGAGAUAUCCGCUGGAUUGACUGCCUGGCCAUUGGCUGACACUAUUGGAACAAAUUCUGAGCGACUGCUAUGGCGCCAGAGGCCAUUCACCCUCAUACGCUGUCCCAGUGUGAUUUAGCGCGGGCAAGGUUACACCUGUCCACAGUGAAGAUACCUGCACAUAGUGAGGGCUUACCUGUGACCGCCGAACGACCACCAGAUCCCAGGACCAUGGUGUCGCUUCGGUUUCCCAUGUUUGGUGAUCUCCGGCAGUAUCUGUGGGGAGCAUUUCAGAGAGUCCUCCAUCGCUUUUGGGUCGUCAAGGAACUUCUCAGCGGCACGAAAGUCUUCCUGUUUUUGUGUAGCGGCUACCGAAAAACCAUGAAGGGCGACACAGAAAAGAGCAUUGUGGGCCAGGCCGGAGUGGGGCAGCCCGGAGAGGAGGUGGAGAGGGGAGACAAGACUUCCGCCAGCAUGCUGGAGACCCUGGGAGAGGUCCUAAAGAGGAGGACUAUGGAGGUGGAGCAGGAGGAGAGGGGAGCAGUAGCUGAGGACCUGGAGGAGUCCGCAGAUGAGGAGGAUGAUGAAUAUCAGGUAGAAGAGGAAGAGUCAGACUGGGUGGAGUGGGAAUCUGAGGAUGAGGAUGAAGAUAAAGAUGCUCUUCAUCAGCAGACCCUCCCCACUGGUCCCUGUGCAGGGAUAUCUUUCUCUCUGAACUCAAAGCAAGCAAGUGAUGACGAGGAAGAGGCAGAAAGUGAUAAUGAUGAUGAUGAUGACGACGAUGAUGAAGAAGACUCUGAUUGGUCAGAUGGCACUGAUGAUGACUCAGAAGCAUCUGCGGAGAGUGUGGAACUCUGGGAGUCUUUCCUCCACAGCAGCGACCCAUACAACCCUCUCAGCUUCUCUUCCUGUACCUCACCUGCCAAGCCAUCUUACAACACACACACCUCACCAGCCAGAGAGGAGAGGAGGCCAGAGGAUCAAGAGGAAGACAGGAGAGUAGACAAACAACAUUCCACUCAUGAAGUACAACAAAACAAGAAGGUGCGCUUUAGCGACGAGGUGAAAGUACGCCCCCUAGUGGCCUGGGCCUUCGCCAGCAGGGCAGCCCGGGACGGCUCGUACUGGAUGCAGAUGGUCCGAGACCGCGAUCGCUUCCACAGAAGAGUGGAGGAGGCUGGGAAAGUCAUCAGCCCGUGUCUGAGUCACAAGCACAGAUGCCUGGUGUGGGAGAGACUCCAGACGCACUCCGCACUGUAGAAUAUUGUAGUAUGAUUAUAACAGAACCAUUUUUUAAAUGUAGAGUAACAUUUUGAUAUGUAUGUUCAUAUGCAAGAUUGUCUUUCAUAGCUCUUCUGAGAGCUCUCUUUUGAAAUGUAUGGUGUGAAUCUUUAUAUGGUGCUUAUCUUUAUUUGUUCAAGAAUGCUAGACCUAGUUGGGUUUUGUUAUUUAUUAUUUAAUAUUUGUUAAUUCAGUUUUGUGGUUGGUUUAACACUGGUUAUUUGCACAUACUUUUCUAUAUCCAAUAAACAUAUUUUUGUACUAGUA